AUGGAAGACGACCAUUGCGUUAUAUGGGUCUCGCGACCGCGUCAGGCUAUCGAAGUUGAUAGGGGUCACGAGGCGACUUUCACUGGUCAGGAAUGUGGACUGUGGCUCUUCGGGUUUUACAUCGCAACUGGCAUGAUGUUCACCAACACAGCACAUCUCGCCGUGGAGGCGAUGUUGAAUGAACGAUUCCAGCACUGGUUCCAACCAGCUCACACGAGUCUCCAACCGAUCAUCGUAGGUGUGAUCGAUCAGGAUGCACCGGCCGAUGAGUUGCUGUCAAACCCGGUGCUCUAUGCCCCAGGCCGCAGAGGAUCGAAAUACACGUACCAACUUUUUGCCAUCAAUACCAUUGAUGGAAUCUGGCAGGCGGCCGUG